AUGGAGACUUCUGUUCAGGAAAAUAACGAAAACCAAACAUAUUAUGAUGCUGUUCGAGAUAACCAAUGGGUUAAACAGGCAUUUGCUACCUACGACUGGGCUAAACACAGUUGCUCUCUUGUAGAGAACACUCUUAACACUGUUGAAAAGGGAGUCUACGGUGUCUCUGAGAUCGCUCAAAGAAAAGCUACAAAUACAUACAACACUCUCUAUGUUCGUCCAAGAAAUGCUGUAGCCGGUGUUUACUCUGCAGGAAAAGGAGCUCUUGAAAAUGGAAAAGUUGCUGCUGUUCAUGGAACAACUGUAGGACUUGGAGCUGCUGUUCUUGCAACUCAGUUUGGACUAGCUUUGUCUGCCGGAGGUGCUGAAAUUCUAUUAGACUCUCUCAACUCUGCCAAAGGUGCUGGACGCCGUGUUAUUUACUCAAUCAAGCAACUUGAAGAAGCUCUAGUUCAAAGGAUCUGGGCUUGCAUUCAUGAAGUCCAACGUCUCGCCAAUAUUCCCAUCUCUCACCUAACGGAAACUACUCAUUCUCUUUUGGAUUUGAUAAGAGCCCUAGUUGAGAAAUCGUUAUCUCUCCAGAUUAAGGAGAGUCCUGAUCAAUCUGUUGGUGAACGUGUAACCGGAAUCGCUUCGGCUAUCGUUUCUUCUUUGAGAUCCAAGGCUUAUGAUUCUGUUAUCGACCCUAUCAAUGACAAAACAAAAGUUUUGCUCGAUCAGUUAUCAGGAAGCUUCCUUUUGGUGGACAUUAUGAAAUCAAAGGGUGAAUGGGUUCGUGGUAAGGUUGAGGAUGUGUCAGCUUCUCUCUCUGAGCUUAAGACUCGUCUUGAAGAUGAAGCCCGUCAUUAUAGCGCUGCCCCUGAAGAAAUGCUUAUGAAGUCUAUCAAGUCUAAUGCUGACCAGCUAGUUGCUCAACUCACAUCUUUAAGAAGUAUGGGGCAACAGCUCUUCGGUGAUGACACGUAUGUUGAUGGCGCUAUCACUUAUCUUCUCACCCUCGAAGAAAGCUUGAAAGAAACUGAAACUAUUUACGAAGUCAGAGAUGAGGUGUUGAAAGAAGCUCACCAACGCUUCAUGGAGUUGAAGACCUGGGCUUCUGAUGUCCUUCACCUUAACUAA